AUGGGCACAUCUAUGGCGCCGAUGUAUGCUAAUGCAUACAUGUAUGUGUAUGAGAAGGAACAUAUAUUGGAGAAGUACCAAAGUAAUAUAAUAGCGUACUACAGAUUUAUUGACGACCUGUUCAUCAUAUGGAGUGGAACGUGUGAAUCAGCCCACAAAAUGGUUCAAGAUCUUAAUCUUUUACCAACCCCAGUGAGAUUUACGGCGGAUAUUAGCACAGAGAAGGUGCAUUAUUUGGAUUUGGAAAUUUCAUUGGGAGCAACACAUUUUCAAUAA